UGAUGAAGGGAAAGUAAAUGUUUUCUUUUGAUUGCAGCCUCCCUUCUAAGUUUUAGGAGUUUGAGAGCAGCAAGUGAAUUUCACACCACCAUUGGAAGAUGUUCCUUCUUCCUUCCUUCCUCAUACGAAAAUGGAAAUUAAGGAAAUUGUAUUUGCAGAAACAUAUGGGGCCUGUAGAAGCGAGCAAGUAAAAUCCCGGCUAUCUACACUACAAGUUGGGGGACAAAAGAAGAUGCUGAUGUUUGACCCAGUCCCUAUCAAACAAGAAGCAAUGGAACCAGUUCCAGUGUCAUUCAACUCUAGUUAUAUGGACCACAUGAAGUCUAACAAGUACAGUGUCAUCUAUUCAACACCAAAUAUGAUGUCCAAUAAGUUUUACCAGAUUCCAGAUGGACUGUGUAAUGGAGUUCAAGUUGAGCCUGUUGACCUUACGGUGAAUAAACGAAGCUCACCACCUUCAGCUGGAAGUUCUCCUUCACCUUUAAAAUUCCAGACUCUACCCAGGAGAGCUUCCCCUGGAUUAAAUCUUCCUUCAUGCAGCCCUCCCAUGAAGAAAUUGACUCCACCAGGAAUACAGCCUUUCACCAUGCCUUUAACUAUUCCUCCAGUAAUGGCAGCUCUUUCACGCCAUGGACUAAGAAGCCCUGGAAUACUUCCUGUUAUACAGCCACUUGUAGUUCAGCCUGUCCCUUUUAUGUACGCCCCUCACCUACAACAGCCUAUUAUGGUGUCCACUGUUCUUUCAGAAGAUCUGGAAAAUCCAAGCAGCGUGCCAGUAUCUGUUAUCGAAUCUUAUGAAAAGCCAGCACUAAAAAAAUCUAUUAAGGUAGAACCAGGCAUGGAAUCACCAAGAAAUGACUAUUAUCCUGAACAAAUGUCUCCUCCUUUGAUGACCUCACUGUCACCCCCAAUGCUACAAGAGAAUCACCCUUCGGUUAUAGUCCAGCCUGGAAAAAGGCCCUUACCUGUAGAAUCUCCAGACACACAGAGGAAGCGGAGGAUACACCGGUGUGAUUACGAAGGCUGCAACAAGGUUUACACUAAAAGCUCUCACUUAAAGGCCCACAGAAGAACACACACAGGUGAAAAGCCUUACAAAUGCACUUGGGAAGGUUGCACAUGGAAAUUUGCUCGGUCUGAUGAACUAACACGGCACUUCCGGAAACAUACCGGAGUCAAACCGUUCCAGUGCCCAGACUGUGAUCGCAGCUUUUCUCGUUCGGACCAUCUUGCCCUCCAUAGGAAACGUCACAUGCUAGUCUGAAUCUCUUACUUCCGUUCCCUUCCCGUUUCCUUUCUUUUUAUUUUUGACCUAAACAUUUUAAUUCAGAUUCAGCUGGACUGGAUCUCUGGAUUUUGUAGCCUCAAAACCUUUCUUAUGGUCAGUAAAAGAUGUUUGCUUGACCCUCCUUUGCUCUUGCCAUG